AUGUUAAAGUGACCUAGUUCAAAUUAGUCUCAGUAUGGAAAGCUUUGAUCCAAGUUGCAUUUCUUGACAUUGUUUUCUUUGUCUUGCUUGACACCACAAUAUUCUGUAGCUCCCCAGCCUCUCAUGUCUCUCUUUUCAACUUUUGUCUUUUUCCCUUUUCUUUGGAUUGUAGAGAUCCAUAGGACUAAUGUCACAAACUCUUUUUUUUUUUCUGGGUCUACGUUAACAUCCUUAAACAAUUUGUGAACUGUAAUGAUUUGCCCAUAACAUAUUAUGAUAAACCCAUAUUAUCUGUCACUCCGUCACCUGUGCUUUAUCCUCACAUUUCUGUUUGGUUAUGAGAGAGCACAAGUUUAUUCUCAAUCUUACCAAAAAUUGAGAUCAUACAAUUUGCCCUCUAAACCAGUCUCUUUUCUCUAAUUCUCCGCAAAUUCAUGUUACGAAGUCUCUUCUUCAAGGGUACUAUUAGAAACAAAUGGGCUGAUAUCCCCUGAAAUAAUCUUUAAAGCCUUCGUAGGGGCAAUAUUUCAGUUAGCAUAGGCUAGUAAUGCUGUAGUAAGACACAGCACCGAAAUUUGGUGGCUUAUAACAGCAAAUGUUUAUUUCUUACUUAUAUUACUUCUUUUCUACAGUUUGGAUGGUGUUCUGGAAUCCAGGCAAAAGGACUAGCCUCUGUGCGGGUCAUGGGAUUCUUACAGAAGAAGGAGAAAGAGUAAUGAAGGAACCACAUUGUGGUUCUUAAAACUUGUUUGAAAGUAGCGCUAACUUUUCACCAACGUUCGGUGGCUAAAGCAAAUCCCAUAGCCAAGUCUGAUGUCAUUGUGAUGAGAUUGGUUUGGGCACAAGGUGCCAGAAUCCUUUCUUGUCCACUGCUGAAUCCAUAAUACUCAGUAGAAAACCUAGCACUUAGAAACUUCUAAUAAGUGUUUGUGAUGGGCAACCUGAAAUUCAGAUUUUUUUCAUACACAGUCUCUUUAACCUCUGUUUCAUAUACUAUUUCCUAUGUUUGGGAGACCACCAGACCGAGUGACAUUUUAUGUGUAUCAGUCUUUUUUUGUGUAAUAAGAGAAGUCAUGAAGGAGAUUUCCACAUAGGUCAUAGAGACUAUGACCUCCAAGUAGAACAGAGUUGUGGACAGUAUAUAUUAAUGUGAGUGUUCGUGGCCUAGAUGAUUUACUAGAAAGAAAAGGCUGAAAGUAUUGAAGCUGCUUGCAAAGCAGAAUGUUUACUUUAAAGGCGCCUAGGCUGAGUGACAUGUAACAUGUUUUUGGUGUGGAUUUACUGGAUUGCAGUAGAAAAUGGAAUGUGUAGAAAUGGAAUGUAAGGAAAUUAUCGAUGGAAAACAAAUAUCGAUAACAGGUGUGGUAGGAAGACACUCUCUGUCCUAAGACAAGGCGGAACAGCCCAGCAACCCUACUUAGGGCUUCUCUAACUGAACACUCUCUCUGCAACAGAAUCAAAGCCAGAGCUAGGCUCCUUUCCUCCUGCCUUCUGGCUUCCUCUCAUCCACUCCUCAGCCAACAUGUGCUUCAGAUCUUCUCGGGCUUAUGUGACUUUCAUCCAAGGAAUUCUGGCCAAGGGCAUCAGGAGCACAAGUUUUCUGCUCAAAGCUGCUGGAGUGAAAACAGAAGGGCAAGAGAAAGAAGGUGGCUGUAGACCCCAGUGUGUGAAGACAGAGGAGAGAGAGACCUCAGGCACAUUCCCCAGCCCACCCCGAAGGCAGUCAGCAAGUUCUAGAGAAGGCAGAAUGGUGGAAACAGAGCCUAACUUAGCCCAAAUGGUAAACACUGGGCAAACAGACAAAGGAGUGAAGGAAUUAGAAACCCUGAGAUCUAGAGCAGUCAGCUGUAGUGAGCAUGAACUAGACUGUAGCCUGAAGUCAAACUUCAUUACAAACCAGGUGACCCUCUCAGCGGAGAAGCCCUAUGUUUGCAGGGAGUGUGGGCGAGGCUUUAAAGAUAAGUCAAACCUCAUCAGACACCAUCGGACACACUCAAUGGAGAAGCCUUAUGCGUGCGGUGAGUGUGGCUGAGGCUUCAGCCUAAUGGCAAUCCUUAUUAAUCACCAGAGGAAACACUCAGGAGAGAAGCCAUAUGUGUGCAAGGACUGUGGGCAAGGCUUCAGCCAGAAGUGCAACCUCAACAGACACACAAGAACACAUUCCGAACAGAAGCCUUAUUUGUGCAGGGAGUGUGGCCAGAGCUUUAGAAAUAAUUCAGUCCUCCUUAGACAUCGGUGGACUCACUCAGGGGAGAAGCCCUAUAUUUGUCAGGAGUGUGGGCAAGGCUUCGGUGAGAAAUCAUACUUCAUCUGACACCACAGGACACACUCAGGGGAGAAACCUUACAUGUGCCUGGAGUGUGGACGAGGAUUUGGUGAUAAGUCAACCCUGAGAAAACACCAGAGGAUUCACUCAGGAGAGAAGCCCUAUGUUUGUCAGGAGUGUGGGCCAGGUUUCAGCAAGAAGUCAUCCUUUGUCAGACACCAGAGGAUAGGAGAGAAACCUUACGUGUGCCUGCAGUGUGGACGAGGAUUUGGUGAUAAGUCAACCCUGAGAAAACACCAGGGGAUUCACUCAGAGGAGAAGCCUUACGUGUGCAGUGAGUGUGGCCGAGGCUUUAGCCGGAAAUCCUUUCUCCUCAUUCAUCAAGGGACGCACUCGGAGGUGAAGCAUGUUUGCAGGGAGUGCACGCGAAGCUUUAGCUACAAGUCAAAUGUCAUUAGCUACCAGAGGAUGCACUGAGAGGAGAAGCCUUGUGUAUGCAGGGAUCAUGGGCAACACUUUAGCAAUCAGUCAAACCUCAUCUUACACCAGAGAGACACCUGGGGAGUAGUCCUGUGUGUGCGGAGUGAGUGAAGCUGAAGAGAGCGGAUUGUAAGCUUGACAAGGUCCUUAUAGUCUGUGAGGGCAACCAAGGGUUACCUCACCUCUGCAAACUCCUUCUGAGAAAAACAAAGUACGAAUGUAGCCACAGGCAGGCAAACAAGCUGAAGGUCACGAUAAGACAUAGCUUGGGAAAAGUAGAAGAAACAAUGUCGUUAUGCCUGAGGGAAACUGUUUAUGCCACCUAGUAUGUUCUUGUAUAAAAGCAGCUUACAAAAUUGAACUGCGCCAUUGUCCACCAUCAGUGGGCGGUGGACCUCCUGAUCCCAGUUUUCUGUCUUCUUUCUUUUCUUUAUGUCCCACUGUUCCC